UGUUAUAUCCAGCUAGCUAAAUAAUUAUGAAAGUGUUUUGAGGGGUAAUACUUUAGUAAAAUAACGUAAUUUGGGUCAAUGUAAAUAAAACUAAGUAGUUUUAAACUUAAGAUUUAGUGUUUGCAAAAAUAAAACAUUCUUGCUCUCUAAUCUAUCUAAUACUCCCUGGAGUUGCAUUACAUUUUGUUGUUCCUUUCAAGAAAAAAUAUACACAUGGAGGAAUGGUGCGACAAAGAAAAAUCAGUGGAUUAACAUUUGCACAUCUUAAAGUAACAUUUGCUGCUCAAGCGCUGUGUUCUUUGACACAGAUAGAAUUCGAAUCUGCAAUAUUUUCUGCAUUAGACGCAUUACAUGGUCAUGUUGGGGCAGCUAUUAACUUUUCAGUUGAUGCCUAUACCGACUGUCUUGCUGAGAUCUCGGUAAGGGAAGAUGAACUUACCAAAUUCUGGAGUGCACUAACAUUAUAUGGGUUUCAUGAAAAUAAACGAUGUAUGUUUACAGUAAAAAAGCUCUAGCAUCUGUCA